CAUCAUCAUCAUCAUCACCAUCAAGAAGUUGAAGUGAGGAAAGGGCCAUGGACUAUGGAAGAAGAUCUCAUUCUUAUAAAUUACAUCGCUAAUCACGGCGAAGGUGUUUGGAACUCCCUCGCUCGAUCUGCCGGGUUAAAGCGCACGGGAAAAAGCUGCCGGCUGCGAUGGCUGAACUACCUCCGGCCAGACGUUAGGCGCGGAAAUAUCACGCCGGAGGAGCAGCAUUUGAUCAUGGAGUUGCAUGCUAAAUGGGGAAACAGGUGGUCGAAAAUUGCAAAAUAUCUUCCCGGAAGGACCGAUAAUGAAAUAAAGAAUUAUUGGAGGACCCGAAUUCAAAAGCACAUGAAGCACGGCGAACACGCGGAUCCAAACACCGCAGCGCAAAGCGCCGGCGCCGUCGCCGUCGCCGUCGCCGGCGACCAUGAUUAUCAGAGAAUUAACACAAAUGAUCAGCCCAGCACAAGCCACUGCAGCCACAUCUCCUACGGCGGGGCCGACCAUGCCGUCGACCAAUCGUUCUCUUCCUUGGAGGCCGCCGCCGGAAGCAUGGACGCCGCCGCAGCCGGAGCUGCGUUUCAGAGCUGCGCGGCGGCGAAUUUUCCGACGGCGACGGACCAAUCGAACUUGAACGAUCAGUUGAGCCUUUGGAGCAUGGACGACGAUCUUUGGCCUAUGCACUUGCUUAAUGGAGAGUAGAUUUUAUUAUGGAUUAUGGAAAAAAUUAAUUAAGCUUGAUUAUAGUUAAUUAAUUAAUUAAUCAAAUCUUUUAUAGUUUUUAUUUUUGCUUUUUGUUUUGGUAGAGAGUUUUUAUAUGUAGUUUCUGUGUUUGUGCUGUAUAUGAUCG